AUGAACGGCUACUUCCAAUGGAAACUGACCACAACAUUCCACCUCGGGCCAACCGCAGAUGAAAAGCUAUAUGCGGUCUCAACACACACAAUCGUUCUCGGCAACAAGCCCUCGGUCGUUUUGCACGACGGUCUAACUGAUAAGCACCCAGUACUAGCGACUGCCCAUGGCGAUAGGAUCCCCACACGACGAUGCCCUUGUGGAAGAGACGGUUCCCGGGUCAUCGAAGAAAAUGUCGCACACCUUUACAUUCAAGGCCUUCGUGGGCUCCAAGGGGACAGCGAGGGAGGCGCCUUUGAAUGGCGCCAAAGCCACGGGAAUGAAAUCAAGGAACUUGCCGGUCAUUCAUUUGGCUGGAAAUUGGUACGAUUGACGGGGCCAAUGGAUACAGCAGGGAGAAGCAGAAAGGAGCGUGAUCGGGGUUAUACGAGUGACGGCCUAGAGUUUGUGGCCGUGAUCGCACACAAUGCUUCAUGGAGCAUGACCAAGGGGUUUCGUUUCGCAUUCACGGGAAGUGGACUGACUGGUACCUUAUGGGAGGUCUGGGAGAUUCUGGUCGUCCUGUCAGUUCUUGAGAUGUGGUAUUUGGAUGCCCAGAGGUCCGCAGCGGCGGCUAGUUCUGCCAGUGCUACUUCCGCUGCCGCUGCUAGUUGA